AAAAGUUAAAAAAAAAAAAAAAAGUUAAAUACCGCCCAUUCUACACUCGGAAAUUAACAAAAUACCCAAAUUCUGGAAUCAGCCCCUUUCUUCUAAAAAUCACCGUUCUCCGCCGUAACCUCGGCGCGACGCCGGUUAAGUUUAGGCGCAGCGACGGCUGCCUCGUUGGGAUUUCUGCGGUUUAUUCGCUUCUGUAUCUGUUCGCUCGACUAUCUGUUCCCCGUGCUAUCAGUUUUUGGCGCGCUCUGUGAUUUUCCGUCCAACUUCGGAUGUUCCAUUGUUUCCCAUCGGAGUUGACUAGCCUUGUUGCGGAUGAGACUUCAGUAGAGAGAGCUGCAUAACUUAGUUAGGUUUUUGUGUUUUUUUGUAGGAAGUCUGAUUUCAUGGUAUGAAGCAAUAUUUAUUGGUCUAAGAUAAGGAUGAAUUUACAAAAGCACCAUCCAGGGCAGAUUUCUGGACAGGUAUCUAACCAAGCUGGUGCUAUGUUGCCUGGGUUACCACACCAAAAUGGAAAUCCUGUUUCCGGCCAGAUGCAAAAUCCUAGCGUUCCUCGUAAUGUCCAAAGUAUGGACCCAGAGAUUGUGAAAACACGGAGAUAUAUGCAAGAGAAGAUCUGGGAAUUUCUAACGCUGCGGCGUCAACAAUCUCAUGAAGUACCUACUAAGAAAAUGAUCGAUUUAGUGAAACGCCUAGAGGAGGGUUUGUUCAAGAGUGCUACGACAAAGGAGGAGUAUCUAAACCUGGCAACUUUGGAAAGUCGUUUGCACAUUCUGAUUAAGCGCUUCCCUACGAGCAACCACAACCAGCAGUUUUCACAUGCUAAUUCUUUUCCACCUGCUGGUACAAUGAUUCCAACUCCUGGGUUUCAGCAAACUGGGAAUUCAAGCAUGGUUGGGACUUCAUCUGUGGAUAGUUCUCUUGUCGCCACCAAUAGCUCCAGCUCAGUUGCACAGUCUACAGUCAAUUCUGGGAACUUCUUGCCAACUCGAAAUGGGUCUUCCGGGAGUGUGCACGGAGCUUUGGCUGGUGGGUAUCAACAGUCAUCACCUGUUUUCUCAGUCAAUACUGGGGGAGCUAACACGAUGACAUCCACAGGUGUACACAGAAUCACAAGUCAAAUGAUCCCCACUCCUGGAGUUAAUAAUUCUAAUAAUAAUGACAUAAAUAGUAAUGCUAGUAACGACACUCUCAUGAACAUGGAAUCAUCAAAUAGUGGUGGUGUAUGUCCUGCUGUUGAAUCUACAAGUGCAUCACAGCCUAUGCUACAAAAGCAGCAUGCUGGUGGUCAAAAUAGUCGCAUCUUACACAAUAUUGGUGGGCAUAUGGGUGGUGGAAUCCGAUCUACAUUGCAGCAGAAGUCCUUUGGAUUAUCAAGUGGGCCAUUAACUGGAGGGUUGGGGAUGACAGGAAAAAAUAUAUCCGCGAUGAAUCCAGGAACCACCGAGGGUCAUUUAACAGGAAACAUAUAUGGAAACUCCACGAAGCCCUUGCAUCAGCAUUUUGAUCAACAUCAACAACCAGUAAUGCAGGGUGAUGGAUAUGGAAUUUGUGCGGCUGAUGCUUCAGGAUCCAGGAACUUGUAUGUUCCUGUGACCAAUGUUGGAUCAAUGAUAAACAACCAAAGCUUGAAUACUGUAUCAAUGCCAUCCAUGCCGAAAACAAAUAUGCAGCCUCAAGCACUUGAUCAACCUGAAAGAAUGAAUUUUCAGUCACAGUAUUUAGUAAAAGAAAAUCUGGUCCAACCUCAUCAACAUCAACAGUUUCAACAGCCAUCCCAUCAGUUUCAGCACAGGCAACUUGCUCAGCAUCAAGUUCAACAGAAAAUGCAAAUGCAAAACCAGCUUUUGUUAAAGAGUAAUUCUUUCAGCCAGUCCCAGCCAUCAUCAAAUAUAGUUUCUGAGGCAAAGUCUGGUAUGGGGACAGAUCAUCCUGAUGACGGUCUACAGUCAGAAUCUUCAAAACCCUUCCUGGUUUCUGAUAUGCAGAAUCAGUUGCAACAGAACUCUAUGGAUGACCAUUCUAGAACCACUCAGCCGUCUGGUCCCCUGGAUGUCUGUUCUUCACUAGAUCAAGCUUCAGAGCAGAUGCAGCAGUCGUUGAAUCCACAGCAAAUUGUUGCUGACCCUCAAAGUGAUUUUUCUGGUCUUUCUGGUGGCAUCCAACAAGAUGCAGCGUACCAUGGUCAAUGGCAUUCCAAGUCCGAAGUUGCAUCUAAUGUAUCAGGAAGACUCCCACUUGAUCAAACUAUGCAGGAUGGUUUUCAUCACAGGUUAACUGGGCAAGCUGGAGCUCAACCAAAUAAUUUAUCCUCGGAAGAAUCACUGAAUGGCCAAUCUGACCCUUCACGGUCGCAACCUCUGAACAUAGGUGAAGCUGGAUGUCGAUCUAGUAACAUUACUCGUGAACGACAGUUCAGGAACCAACAGAGAUGGCUGCUGUUUUUGAGACAUGCUCGUCGAUGUCCUGCCCCAGAAGGCAAAUGCCAUGAUCCUCAUUGCUUAACGGUUCAGAAGCUGUUGAAACAUAUGGAAUGUUGCGAUGUCUUUCAGUGUACGUACCCUCGUUGCCGGGCUACGAGGGUUUUAAUCAAUCAUCACAGGCGCUGCCGUGAUACAAACUGCCCUGUAUGUGUUCCUGUGAAGGAUUUUGUGCAGGCACAAUUGAAGGCAUUUGCUCGUUCUGAUCUCACUUCUGGGUUGCCUAGUUCAGUCAACGGAUCUUGUAAUUCCCUUGAUACUGCUGAAAUUGGACAAUCAACUGCAAAGACGGAUCAAAUGGCAGCUGAAACUCCAGAAGAUUUACAACCUCCUCUUAAGCGCAUUAAAAUUGAACAAGACCACCAGAUUCUUGUCCCUGAAAGUGAACGCACUGUUGCCUUGGCUUCUAACAUUAAUGAUUAUCAUGUUCAGGAUGCACAUCAUAAUGAACAGCAUCAUGAUUCACAUAUUCCAAUGAAAUCUGAAACUUCUGAAGUCAAGAUGGAGCUUCCUGGAAGUGUUGCAUUUGGACAGUUAAGUCCGAAGAAUACCAAAAUUAAGGACAACUUGGAUGAUGUCUGCAUCCAAAGUCCUGAAGGUGGUCCUAUUGUGGCAAAUAACCCUGCUGGAUUUGCUGGGCAGGAGGUCAUUAAGGCUGAUAAGGAAAUGGGGCAGGCUAAGCUGGAAAACACUUCAGCACCUACCGGGAAUACAUCCAAGUCCGGGAAGCCUAAAAUAAAGGGAGUAUCAAUGAUAGAAUUGUUCACCCCAGAACAAGUCCGUGAGCACAUUAUGGGCCUUAGACAGUGGGUAGGCCAGAGCAAAGCAAAAGCAGAAAGAAAUCAAGCAAUGGAGCACUCAAUGAGUGAAAAUUCUUGCCAGUUGUGUGCGGUUGAAAAGCUCACCUUUGAACCUCCUCCUAUAUAUUGUACACCUUGUGGUGCUCGCAUUAAAAGAAAUGCCAUGUAUUACACCAUUGGAGCUGGUGAAACUCGUCAUUGCUUCUGCAUUCCAUGUUAUAAUGAUGCUCGUGGAGACACCAUUGUAGUAGAUGGAGCUACUCUUCCAAAGGCAAGGGCAGAGAAGAAGAAAAACGAUGAGGAAAUUGAAGAGUGGUGGGUUCAAUGUGACAAGUGCGAAGCUUGGCAACAUCAAAUAUGUGCAUUGUUCAAUGGCAGAAGAAACGAUGGUGGGCAAGCUGAGUACACUUGUCCGAAUUGUUAUAUGGCAGAAGUAGAAAGAGGAGAACGUGUGCCGUUGCCACAGAGUGCUGUUCUUGGAGCAAAGGAUCUGCCUAGAACAAAUUUGAGUGAUCACUUGGAACAAAGAUUAUUUGCGAAGCUGAAGCAUGAGAGGCAUGAAAGAGCUAGGCUUCAAGGAAAAAGUUAUGAUGAGGUACCAGGAGCUGAAGCACUUGUUGUAAGGGUCGUGUCUUCAGUGGACAAAAAGUUGGAUGUUAAGCCACGCUUUCUUGAAAUUUUCCAAGAGGAAAAUUAUCCAGUAGAGUUCCCAUAUAAAUCUAAGGUGAUACUGUUAUUUCAAAGAAUUGAAGGUGUCGAAGUAUGCUUAUUCGGCAUGUAUGUGCAAGAAUUUGGAUCUGAAUGUCAGCAGCCUAAUCAUCGCCGAGUCUACCUCUCUUACCUGGACUCUGUUAAGUAUUUCAGGCCAGAUGUCAGAGCAGUGACAGGAGAAGCUCUUAGGACAUUUGUCUACCAUGAAAUUUUGAUUGGGUACUUGGAAUAUUGCAAAAGGCGUGGUUUUACAAGCUGUUAUAUAUGGGCUUGCCCCCCACUGAAGGGUGAAGACUACAUUUUGUAUUGCCACCCAGAAAUUCAAAAGACACCCAAAUCUGAUAAACUUCGAGAGUGGUAUUUGUCCAUGUUGCGGAAAGCUUCAAAGGAAAAUAUUGUAGUCGAUCUGACUAAUCUGUAUGAACAUUUCUUUGUUUCUACGGGUGAAUGCAAAGCAAAAGUAACUGCAGCUCGGCUGCCAUACUUCGAUGGAGAUUAUUGGCCUGGUGCUGCAGAGGACAUCCUCUAUCAACUGCAACAAGACGAGGAUGGAAAAAAGCAGCAUAAGAAGGGAUUUAUGAAAAAGAGCAUUACAAAAAGAGCUCUAAAGGCAUCUGGCCAGACCGAUCUUUCUAGCAAUGCAUCAAAGGAUUUGAUGUUAAUGCAUAAACUUGGUGAGACUAUAUCUCCAAUGAAGGAAGACUUUAUCAUGGUUCACUUACAGCAUGCAUGCUCGCACUGCUGCAUUCUGAUGGUUUCUGGAAAUCGUUGGUCUUGCAAACAGUGCAAAAACUUCCAGCUUUGCAACAAUUGCUACGAUGUGGAGCAAAAACGUGAGCACAGGGAGAGACAUCCUAUUAAUCAAAAGGACAAACAUGCACUUUAUCCUGUGGAAAUCACUGGAGUCCCCGAUGAUACCAGAGAUAAUGAAAUUCUGGAGAGUGAAUUCUUUGACACAAGACAGGCAUUUCUGAGCCUUUGUCAAGGAAACCAUUAUCAAUAUGAUACUCUUCGCAGAGCUAAGCAUUCUUCAAUGAUGGUUCUCUAUCAUCUCCACAAUCCUACUGCCCCAGCAUUUGUGACGUCAUGUGCUACAUGCCACCUUGACAUAGAAGCUGGGCAUGGUUGGCGAUGUGAUACAUGCCCUGAUUAUGAUGUAUGCAAUGCUUGUUAUGAGAAGGAUGGAGGAAGAGAUCAUCCUCAUAAAUUGAGCAACAACCAAUCUAAUGAUCACGAUGCACAGAACAAAGAAGCUAGGCAAUUGAGAGUUAUGCAGCUUAGGAAAAUGCUUGAUCUCCUGGUGCAUGCUUCUCAAUGUCGAUCUCCACAUUGCCAGUAUCCAAAUUGUCGCAAAGUGAAGGGACUUUUCCGCCAUGGUAUGCUGUGCAAAGUACGUGCUUCUGGAGGUUGUCAUUUGUGUAAGAAAAUGUGGUACCUCCUUCAGCUUCAUGCUCGAGCAUGCAAAGAAUCCCAGUGCACUGUACCUCGUUGCAGGGACUUGAAGGAGCAUAUGAGAAGGCUGCAACAGCAGUCUGAUUCACGACGAAGAGCUGCCGUUAUGGAAAUGAUGAGGCAACGUGCAGCAGAGGUUGCUGGCAAUUCUUGAUAAAAUCCCAUUUGUAUAUAUAGCAUU